AUGCCCUUGGUCAAAUACGAUGAAAUCCUCUUCAAUGCUACAACAACCGCUGUCUCUGAAAUCGAGGAAAGUCUUCAGGAAGCAGAGCGACUCUUCGCCUUGCUCUUGAUGAUCUUCUACAUUACCUUUGUGUUUCUCGUGCUGGGAGCAGUCGGACUCGGCAUCUAUGUCUGUAUUGAGAGACUCAUCGAUAAUCGUCGCCUUCAAAGAGAUGCAAAGAUAUACGGAGACCCUAUGGGCAGAAGGGCACCAAAGAGAGUGAUGGUGGGCAAAUGGUUCUACAAACAAAGCGACUCUGCAUCCAUUGAAGAGCUCAAUUCUGAGGAAGCCUAUGAACUUAUGGCCGCUGAGGGCCUCAUAGUGCCUGAAGAGGCUCAUGCUAGGCGACCGAGAGGUGGAACCAUUGUUGACCCACCUGGUAGCCGAUCCGUUGGUCACUUUCCACAGCAACAGGGCUUUGUAGCAGCUUAUGUAACAGACGAGGACCCUGAUGAACUCGAAAAAUUACAUAGCUCCUUACUGACGUCGAAUAUUACGUGA